ACGGUGCCUUUUGUCCCCUCACGAGUCACAAUAUCUCUACCUCUCAGCCAUUCCAAUACAAUUAAGGACGCAACUACCUGUCCUACAUAUUUGUCAAGUUUUUACCAAGCGAGCACUUACCCCAACGCCACAUCGAGAGAAGAGUUGAAAAGGGAAGGCAAAGAAUACGUCUCGUCUCGAACCUAAGAAAGAAAAUGGGGAUAAUUGAAGAAGCACACAACGUGAGGGUAGUUGGUUCUGGCAAUGAAGUCAUAGUCCUCGCUCAUGGCUUUGGCACCGAUCAAUCUGCGUGGAAGCACCUGGUGCCGCAUCUCGUAAACGAUUAUCGUGUUAUUUUGUAUGAUAAUAUGGGGGCUGGAACCACAAAUCCGGAUUACUUUGAUUUCAAUAGAUACGCCACCAUUGAAGGAUAUGCUUAUGAUCUGAUUGCCAUCCUGGAAGAGCUACAAAUUGAGACUUGUAUUUUUGUAGGCCAUUCUCUCUCCGCCAUGGUUGCUGCUGUUGCUUCCAUUACUCGCCCCGAUCUCUUCACUAAACUAGUCUUUCUCUCUGCCUCUCCCAGGUUUAUGAACGAUGUGGAUUACUACGGAGGAUUCGAGCAACAAGAAAUAGACCAGCUUCUACAAGCAGUGGAAUCCAAUUAUAAGGCUUGGUGUUCCGGGUUCGCACCGUUAAUUGUAGGCGGAGACCUGGAAUCGCCGCACGUGCAAGAAUUUUGCAGGACGUUGUUUAGCACGAGGCCGGACAUAGCCUGCAGCGUAGCGCAGGCCAUAUUCCAUUUUGAUAUAAGGCACAUACUUCCUAUGGUCACGCGUCCUUGUCACUUACUGCAGAGCAAGUACGACUUUGCCGUGCCGUUGCAGGCGACCGAGUAUUUACAUCAGCAUCUGGGUGGGAAGUCGGUCGUCGAAAUCAUGCCGUCCAACGGUCACCUGCCGCAGUUAAGCGAUCCUGAUAUCGUGAUCCCUGCUAUUCUCAAACACAUUCGCUGGAAUUUAACGGCAUGAUAGUCGCCUUAACGUUUUGGAAACUGGGGGUAGGAAACUGUGUUAAUAUUGGAGUUUUCUUUCUUUGUGGUUCAUGUUUUAAUUAGCCGUUUUUGUGGUUGUGUUUGUGCUUCUGCUUUGGGUUUCUUCUGUUUGUACGUACACAAAAUUGCUGUUUUGAUCUGUUUAUCGUGAUAAAGUAGAAGGGAGUGGUUACUUGA